GGCCACAGAUGGCUCUCUGCAGAGUGAAGACUGGACACUUAACAUGGAGAUCUGUGACAUUAUCAAUGAGACAGAAGAAGGCCCAAAGGAUGCCAUUCGAGCACUGAAGAAGAGGCUGAAUGGAAACAAAAAUUACAGAGAGGUCAUGCUGGCUCUGACGGUGUUGGAGACCUGUGUGAAGAACUGUGGCCAUCGCUUUCAUGUCUUAGUGGCAAACCGUGACUUCAUAGAUGGUGUUCUGGUGAAAAUCAUCUCGCCCAAGAACAACCCCCCCACCAUUGUACAGGAUAAAGUUCUAGCACUGAUUCAGGCUUGGGCUGAUGCUUUUCGAAGUAGCCCUGAUUUAACCGGAGUAGUGCAUAUUUAUGAAGAACUCAAGAGGAAAGGCAUAGAGUUUCCCAUGGCAGAUCUCGAUGCUCUGUCUCCAAUACACACGCCACAGAGGAGUGUUCCUGAAGUUGAUCCUGCAGCAAAUAUGCACAAUUCACAGUCCCAGCAGAGGAUGAGCACCAGUUCUUACUCUUCACCUUCUCCAACAGCAUAUUCUGCUCCUCAGGCCCCAGCUCUGAACGUGACUGGUCCCAUCACUGCUAAUUCUGAACAGAUUGCCCGGCUGCGCAGCGAGCUGGAUAUUGUUCGUGGGAAUACCAAAGUGAUGUCUGAAAUGCUGACAGAAAUGGUUCCUGGACAAGAAGAUUCUUCAGAUCUUGAAUUACUCCAGGAGCUGAACCGAACCUGUAGAGCGAUGCAGCAGAGAAUUGUGGAGCUUAUCUCACGAGUGUCCAAUGAAGAGGUCACAGAGGAACUGCUGCACGUGAAUGAUGAUUUAAAUAACGUCUUCCUCAGAUAUGAAAGAUUUGAACGAUACAGGUCAGGACGUUCAACACAAAAUGCCAGCAAUGGAGUCCUGAAUGAAGUGACAGAAGAUAACUUAAUAGAUUUGGGUCCUGGCUCUCCAGCUGUAGUGAGCCCAAUGGUUGGAAACUCAGCACCCCCAUCUUCACUUUCUUCACAGCUCGCAGGGCUUGACUUGGGGACAAACAGCGUCAGUGGCACGCUCAGCUCUCUACCCCACUGUAAUCCCCGCGAUGACUUUGACAUGUUUGCACAGACAAGAGGCAGCUCCUUGGCUGAGCAGAGAAAGAACGUGACCUAUGAGGAUCCACAGGCUGUCAAAGGACUAGCGUCUGCCCUGGACGUUCGGAAACAGAACACAGGAGGGAGGAGAGGUAAAGGUGGGAACUCAGACAUGGAGCCCAUAGACAAGUGGCUAAUACACAAGGAAUGGAUCCCUGUUGCACAGUCCUCUGUCAUGGAUGACAUUGAGGAGUGGCUCAGUACCGACUUGAAAGGAGAAGAGCAGGAAGAAGGAGUGACCAGUGAAGAGUUUGACAAAUUUUUAGAAGAACGAGCCAAAGCGGCGGAGAUGGUGCCCAAUCUACCAUCCCCUCCCCAGGAAGCCCCCACCCCUCCAACAAAUUCUUCCAGCAGGAAAAAGCAGGAGCGCUCGGAGGAUGCCCUCUUUGCACUGUGAAGAUUGCUCCCAGCUCCCGCUGCUGCUCUGCAGAACAACGUUGCUGUCCGGCCACUUCGUCCUCUCGCAGUACUUGGCUAACAACGACCCUUUCCCCUCCUGGUUUCAUAGAUUGCUUCUCCUUCCCCCUCCUCUCUGUCUUUCAAACAAUCCAUCCCCACAAGCUGACUCUUUCUAUUUAAGUCCAACACUAUUCCUGCCAGACCACGGUUCUCCAGCGCUCGCUUAAUCCCCUCCUUCCUAUCCCAGCUGCACAAAACCAGCUCUUGAUGCUGAAAACCCCUUUAGAAUGCAUGAGUACGUCACACUGUGUUGAAACAAAAGCCCAGAGGGGAGAGAGCAGCCUUGCCCUUCAGUUUAUAUAGGGAUCAUCCUCUUCUGUAGGCAGGUCCUGCCAAGUAGACUGCUCUGUCGAUCAGCAUGUAAUUGACUGAGCUGGAGCGUUCAGGAGGAGUGUGUCUUUAUUUUUAGAUAAAAUGUUAAUGUAUUGGCUUUCGUGUCGGUUUCGACAGCAAGGAACAACUGUUCCCCUUUCAACAUGUGCUUCACAAGUCAAAAUCCUUUACUCUCCCACUCACACAUCUCCCCGUACCAUAUGGUGGUCGUUUCCCCCCACUUUGUGCAGCGCUUCAUAUUCUUAAUCUCACAGGGUAUUUUCUCCUUGUGUUUUAGCUGGGCUUGCUCUGAUUUGAAAGCAGUCUGUUGGCCGGGUCCGGGAGCUCAGGCAGUUGACAGGAAUGAAAAGCACUGGGCUAAACGGAUGCUGUAACACUAGUGCAUGAAGCAUUUUGCUCUUUGGGAGAGCAUACUCACAUGAGGAUUUUUUUCUAGUGUGUUUGCCUUUGAAAAUUGCUAGAUUAUUUUGUCCUUACCUCAGAUUCCUUCUUUAGUGACUGUGCAGCUCAGCAUUUGUCUCGACGGUUGUAAAUAGCAUCUGUGCAAAU